AAUUUCAAGUCAGUCGCUACUCGCGAGUUACGACGAGUGACAUACGGUUAUUGCAACUCGUUUUAUCAAAUGUAGGUUAAUUUAAAUAGUGAAAGUUUUUAAAUUGUUUAAUAUUACGUCACUGUAGUUGUGUCUGUGAGCACGUGGUACCUGAGAUUGCAAACAAGGAUGUGUCCAUUAUGGCCGCUGCACCUGAUAGUGUUGUAUCUCCUGGUGCUAGGCCCUAUGUGGGUUCUAUGUCAGGCGGCACCGAAUCUCAUGGCCACGUACCUGCCAACCGAAGUCGAGGAAGUGCACAUGGGGGACACGUAUUACGUCGAUGUAAAUGUUACAGGUGUAGGUCUUCGUCCAGGUGCUCGUCUCCAGGUGAACGUUAGAGACGAACACGUGGCGGACACUAAAUGGAAUUCCUCAUAUCAGAUCACAGAAAAUGACGUCAGUGAGGGGAAGUUUAAAGGGAGGUUAAGGAUUAUAGGGAAUUUUCUUGGAAGGACGAUAUUGUCAUUGGAGUCCCAUGGCGUUGGGGACACCAUAGAGCCCGUGAAUGGUACGCUAGCCGUCACCGUUACCAGACCACAGAGAGUCAUAGACACUAUAUUCACUACUAGUAUAGCGAUAUUCAUAUCAAUUGUGUUCAUAAACUUUGGUUGUGCGAUGCACUGGGAUGAAGUUAAAGGGGUCGUGAGAAGACCUGUCGGACCUAUCAUAGGUCUCUGUGGACAGUUCGUGUUUAUGCCAUUGAUAUCCUUCGGUCUUGGUUACCUGAUCUUCCCCUCAUCUCCGUCUCUCCACCUGGGUAUGUUCUGCACGGGUGUAGCGCCGGGGGGCGGUGCCUCUAACAUAUGGACCUUCAUACUGGGAGGGAAUCUGGAUUUGAGCCUCACAAUGACAUCCAUAUCAACCUUGGCUGCGUUCGGUUUCAUGCCGCUGUGGCUGUUCACGCUCGGUCAAGUGGUGUUCGCUAACGCCAGUAUAGUGGUUCCGUACAGUCGGAUAGCUAUGUUCGUGGUGGGUCUGAUAGUCCCCCUCAUCAUCGGCCUGGCUAUGCAGAAAUUCACCCCUCGACUAUCAGCCUUCAUGGUCCGGAUAUUGAAGCCUUUCUCGUCUUGUAUAUUGAUUUUCAUUAUAGUGUUCGCGAUUGUCACCAAUUUGUACAUAUUCGAACUGUUCUCGUGGCAGAUACUACUAGCUGGUAUGGGUAUCCCGUGGCUGGGAUACAUAUCGGGAUACCUGGUAGCCUGGCUAUUCCGUCAACCUCAUCCGGAUGCACUGGCUAUAUCUAUAGAAACGGGCAUACAAAACACUGGCAUCGCUAUAUUCCUACUAAGAUACGCUCUGCCACAACCGGAAGCCGAUAUAACAACCGUGGUACCCGUUGCCUGUGCCAUAAUGACACCAAUCCCGAUGACAGCAAUAUUCAUAUAUCAAAAAUUAAGUUCAUGCGGGAUAUGUCCGACAUCAAAAACAGAACACAACAGAAGAAAGAUGUCGACCGCCCUGAGACCGUCGAGUCCGGCAUCGAACCUGCCUCUAAUGGAAAAUAAGGAAGGAAACUGGUCUUCAUCGUCAGCAUGAAACUAACCCGAUUUAGCUUCAAAGCCUUAAAGAGGUUUCAUAUCAAAUGCCAUUUUUAUAUUUCGUACUAACUGUUUUGUCUUCAAUCAUUUUGAUUCACAUAAAAUUACUGCCAUAACUAAAUAUAUGAUUUUGGAAAUUUGUUUUUCUAAGAAUAUAUUUAAAAAAAAAAGUGUAUAAAAUAUAUGGAAUAAUUAUUUUUUUUGCAUUAAAUGGAAAUCACAACCAAAGAAAAUUAUAAAAUUAUCUGACACCGAAUUUAUUACUUAUGAGAAUUUAUAUAUCAAUCAUUUUCAUGUUUUUCUGUAAUUUUGCUAAAUUAUAUAUGCACGAGAAGAAAUAUUUUUUGACAAAAUAUUGCCAUUUAAAUUAUUGUAUAUAUUGAGGUCGUUAUAAGAACUUUUUGAUGGAAUUUAAUCGCCUUCAUAUGUUUUGGCUGAAUAGAAAAAAUACAUUCCUGUUUAUAACGGAGUUAUCAAAAGAACAAAUAUAUUAAUGUGAUGUUAUUAUUAUGGAAAUAAUUUAUUUAAUUUAUUCUUAUUGAUUGGUUCACCUAUAGAAUUAAUAUAUUAUCAUUGUGCUAGUGACUUUCGUAUCCAGUGUAACGUGUAUAUGAGCAAUAUAUGUUUUUUAAUGUUAUAGAUUACACAAGGUUUUACACGCCUUUGAAUAAUCUGUGAAGCAAUAAUUCGUUGGUUUGUUGAACAUUUGAUGAUUUCCACAGAUAACACAGACAGUAUGUAUAUUGAAUUGUAAUUUGUAAUAAAUGUAUGUUUGUUUGUAAGUUGCCUCCGCUGCUCACAUGACUGGUUUUAUAGGUGAAACAGAUGUGAAAAGGCUGUUAUAUUAUAUACUGUUAAAUGGAUAUUUUGUAUUGAAAUAAAUACAUUUUUUAUGA